AUGCCCCCAAUACCCGUGAGCACCUCUCUUCUCUUGAUCUUUGUCUUACUACCCCUGUUGCCAGUAACAUUUCUCGGUAGAGAUUACUGGUGUUCCGGACUAAAGAUCGACUCCUUGGUCGAUGGCAAGUGGGUCUAUCAGUGUUUACGAAGGUACGAAGCUGCGCCGGCACAGAGGGUACUGGUGACGAACACGCAUGGGGAGACUAUCGUCGGCCUGCUGCACCACAUGGGGUUCGACAAGGUUGUAGUGCUUUGCCAUGGCUUUAGGGCUUCCAAGGACGAUAGCCUCAUUACUGAUCUUGCAGCUGCACUAACAAAGCAAGGGAUUAGCGUGUUUCGUUUUGAUUUUAGUGGAAAUGGAGAAAGUGAAGGUGAAUUCCAGUAUGGCAACUACAAGAAGGAGGCUGCUGACUUGCACUCUGUUGUCUUGUAUCUUCGCCAGGAAAAGUACGAUGUAGCAGCAAUUGUUGGUCACAGCAAAGGUGGAGAUGUGAUGGUUCUAUAUGCCUCUAUCUACAACGAUGUCCCCAUGGUGGUUAACCUUUCUGGUCGGUUUAAUUUGGAGAAAGGCAUUGAAGAGCGCCUAGGCAAAGAGUUUAUGGAUAGAAUAAACAAAGAAGGCUACAUUGAUGUCGCAAACAAAUCAGGAAAUGUUUUGUACAGAGUAACCAAAGAGAGCUUGAUGGAACGACUGAGCAAUGAUAUGCACGCAGCCAGCCUUUCCAUCAGCAAAGAGUGCAGGUUCUUUACAAUUCAUGGUUCAGCUGACGAGAUCAUACCCGUGGAAGAUGCAUACGAGUUUGCAAAGCUUAUACCAAAUCACAAACUGCGUGUCAUUGAGGGAGCAAAUCACUGCUACACUGCUCACCGUAGAGAACUUUCUGAUGCCGUAGUAGAAGCCAUCACAUCCAGUGAGGAAGGGGAAACCACACCCUAG